AUGCCGCCCGUUGCAAUUCUUUACCAGGUUUGCGAGCCUCGAGUUAUCAACGGAGUGAGAAAACUAAAGAAACCUGACGGCUAUAAAGAUUCAGGAGCAGAUAUUGCUGAUGUUCCCAAGUCUGCCAACGCCAAUGUCGUUACUCUAGAGCAAUACUCAUAUCCACAGCGAGAUGAGGAUGGUGCUUUCCUGAUCCCGAAGGCGGCGUUAGAAAAGGGUGCAACUCUCCUCUGGGCCAAUACAAUCCUCUUUACCUCGCACCCGCUUCAAACUUCUUCCGCCAUUGACCCCCACGCCAGUCAUCUUGUUGAGCAAUACGAUGUCAAGCCCAUGUCAGCAGUCUACUACGGGCGCAAGGAACUUUCACCAUGCGAUCAUGGAAGGCAGAUUCCAGAGUCUUCCUCGAUCUUGCCAACCAAAGAAAGCCCAAUUGCUAUGUUGCAAGAAUUCCUCACAGGUCAAGAAGGAACUGUGACUGUCAUUGCCCCAUCUAAGGACACGCCGAACUAUUGGGUAAUGCCGAUCGUUGUCCGUUUCAAUCACGACAAUGGUAUUGCAACCUACAAACGACGUGGUGCAGCCACUUCCCACUCCCGAGUUCCCUUGUCAGAUGAAUUAAAGCAGAAUCUGCCAUACGCUAAGGUAAGUGAGGGAUGCAUACGAAUAGCCCGAUUCCUUGGUGUCAUGGCACCCAUCUGGGUCGGUGUUCGCUGCUUUACAGAAACAAGUGACUUCAAAUUCGCGGCUUUCGACGUUAGCAUGAAACUGUGA